AUGGUAGAAGCAACUCUUCCUGAUAAUUCUGACAAAAUUUAUUAUUUGCCACAUCAUGGGAUUCUCAAAAAAGAAGGGGAUAAUUCGAAGAUCCGAGUCGUCUUUAAUGGCUCUAGUCGCACGAGCAGUGGAGUUUCUCUAAACGAGAUUCUACAUUCAGGCGCGAAGCUUCAGACGGAUAUUGCUGACGUUCUGUUGUGGCUCCGCAUACAUCGGUAUCUUUUUUCUGCCGAUAUAGAAAAAAUGUUUCGACAAAUAGCGGUCCAUCCGGAAGACUGGAACUAUCAGAGGAUUAUUUGGCUCGGACCGGAUCAUCAACCUAUUGACUUCUGCUUGACCACGGUUACAUACGGACUUUCGUGUGCACCCUUUCUCGCUUUACGUUGCUUACAACAACUUGUCCACGAUGAUGGUCCGAAAUUUCCAAAGGCGAUACUUCCUAUGACUAAAGGUCGUUAUGUAGACGAUAUAUUCGGUGGGGCAGACACUAUCGAUGAAGCAAAGGAGAUUGCUCAUCAAGUCAACGAGUUGUGUAAAUUGGGAGAGUUUCCUCUUCGAAAAUGGAGUGGAAAUCGACCAGAGUUGUUACCUUGUACUCUAACUUCCGACUCUAAUAAUUCUUCUGUGGUUGAUAUCAAUUUGUCACCGGUCAAGGUCUUGGGUCUCGUGUGGAAGCCGGAAUCAGAUAUUUUCAUUUUUCAUGGGCAGCCUUUACAUACGGACAAAUUAUCGAAGAGGAUUAUUUUAUCAGACCUUUCCAAGGUAUACGAUCCUCUGGGUCUCGUGGCACCGAUAAUAAUUAGAGGGAAAAUUAUCAUGCAGGAACUCUGGUUGCUGAAAUCCGGUUGGGAUGACGCUCUUCCUUCGGAUAUACAACAGCGAUGGUUCAGUUUUCGGCGAGAUUUAACGGACCUUGAACAGCUGACGAUACCGAGAUGGCUUGGACCAAUUCAGUCAAGUUCAUUGGUAGAAAUCCACGGAUUCUCUGACGCCUCCAAUCUAGCGAUGGCCGCAGCGGUGUUUAUACGAAUAAAUACUGCGGGCAAUGAAUACCUUGUACGCUUAAUAUGUGCAAAGACUAAAGUGGCACCUCUCAAGCGAAUUACAAUCCCACGAUUGGAGUUGAGCGCGGCUUUGUUAUUGGCUCGUCUCGUCGUUCAUGUUCAAAACACUCUUGAUUUGUUGAAAGCUCCGUUAUUUUUAUGGACUGACUCUUCCGUAGCACUCACUUGGCUCACUACCCACCCAUCUAGAUGGAAAGAUUUCGUUAGAAACCGAGUAUACGCAAUUCAAGAGCUAUUGCCGAACAGCUCGUGGCAUUUUAUUUCCGGUAAAGAAAACCCGGCGGAUUGUGCAUCUCGUGGACUGCGCCCAAGUCAAUUAGCCGAUCAUAAGCUUUGGUGGAAUGGACCCGAAUGGCUGCGUGGCCCAUCCACUACAUGGCCCAAUGCUGCUGCCUUCUCUUCUCCGGAUGCCGAUAACGAAAUGCGUUCAAAUCAGGCCACUAUUGCCGUAGUACAACCGGCUUCGUAUUGGGAUCUUCUCGAUAAAUAUUCCUCACUAAUCAAACUUUUAAGGAUCACUGCUCUUUGUCGUAGGUUUAUUUCCCGAGUAAGUAAAACAGCAAACGUAUCGAUAGCUGCACCAUUAACUCCUGAAGAAAUCUGCCAAGCUCGUUUAUUUUGGUCUAAGGUUGUUCAGCAUUCAUGGUUCCCAAACGAAAUUCGAAUUCUUACACGGGGAGAAGUUUUGCCUCGUUCGAAUGCGUUGGUGCGGCUCAUCCCCUUUAUUGACCGAGAAGGCAUAUUGAGAGUCGGUGGGCGUCUACAUCACGCUAAGAUUGACGUAGAAUCCAAACAUCCCAUAAUUCUACCACGACGGUCUCCUCUAACUUCUCUUGUAAUCAAGGAUGCUCAUUCUCGCACUCUUCACGGAG